AUGGCCAUUGGCUUUGGGAUGGAGUUUGUCAACGGCAAGUGGGUCCUGCGCUCGCGCCGGAUUGCGAGAGCCGACCGCGAGGAGCCCUCGGCCCAAGAGGCCGCCAUCAUCGACGCGGUCGAGGACGCCAUUACCCGCUCACUCCAAGACCAACUGGCCAAGCGUCCCAGCAGCACGCCGUUCUUCGUCGCCCUUCCGGACGCGGCGCUUGCCGACGAUGGUCCGUGGCUUGCCUUGACAGUGCAGCACCCGCUCUUGACGGACAUGGCCGAGUUUUACUUGCGCGAGUGCUUCUUUGACGUCGUCGACACGCUCGUCGGCACCAAGAUGAUGAUUCUCACGGGCGACGAGGGCGUCGGCAAGUCGAUCUGCCUCGUGUAUCUCUUGUGGCAGCUCGUCGCCCAGAAGACGCCCCGCGUGCUCUACCUCCACGGCGACGACACGGUGCUCUACGACGGCCUCAAUGGCGUCUUUGAGUACGAUACGUUCGAGAACUUGCCCCACACGCACGACAUUACUUUUUGGGGCAGCCUCCACGUGCUCGUCGACACGAAGGGCAAGACGCCCGCGGACUUGGCUUUUCUCCCGCGUUGCGCGGCGCACCGUUUGGUGCUCGCGGCCGGCCCGGCCGAAAUGGCCACGGUGCAACCCAUCUGGGACCAGGCGGUCGUGUACGAGCUGCCUGCGUGGAGCCAGGCCGAGCUCGACGCGCUUACCGCGGGCCGCUCGGACCAGCAGUAG